AUGAUGGUUGUAAGGCGUUUUUUAUCAGCUUCGCGAUAUAAUAUGCCAUCUUUUAGGUCCAGGCCCGUUCUCUUAGCUAUCUUUGGUGUCUGUGCUACCGUGAUAUGGUACCUAUUCUUUUUCCAGUCUAAUCUGAAGAUGGCAGAUUUGAAAAAGGUAGCAACUUCAAGGUAUCUUUCACAAGAACCGUCGUUAUCAGAACUUAUGUCAAAUGUGAAGAUCAAGCCUAUUGAAGAAACCCCGGUUUCGCCAUUGGAGUUGAUUCCAGAUAUCGAAAUAUCGACUAGAAAGAAAUACGAUGCGUCGUGGGAUCUGUUGUUCCGUGGUAGAAAAUAUAAAUCGUUCAACGAUUAUGAUCUUCAUACGAAAUGUGAGUUUUAUUUCCAGAAUUUAUACAAUUUGAACGAGGAUUGGACCAAUAAUAUUCGGACGUUCACUUUCGAUAUUAACGAUGUAGACACGUCUACGAAAAUUGACGCUCUUAAAGAUUCCGAUGGGGUUCAAUUGGUGGACGAGAAGGCUAUACGUUUAUACAAGAGAACGCAUAACGUUGCCUUGGCUACGGAAAGGUUACGUCUUUAUGAUAAAUGUUUUGUCAAUAGUCCAGGUUCAAACCCAUUGAAAAUGGAUCACCUUUUCAGAUCGAACAAGAAGAGUAAGACUACGGCUUUGGAUGACGAAGUCACUGGGAACCGUGAUACUUUUACCAAGACGAAGAAAACUUCGUUCUUAAGCGAUAUGGACACGAGUAGUUUCCAGAAGUACGAUCAAUGGGAUUUCGAACAUAGAAUGUUCCCCAUGAUCCCAUAUUUCGAGGAACACAAUUUCACCAACGUGAUGCCUAUUUUCACCGGCUCAAACGGUGGGGAACCUUUACCUCAAGGGAAAUUCCCGGUAUUAGAUCCAAAAUCCGGUGAAUUGUUACGUGUAGAGACUUUCAGAUAUGAUAAAUCGAAAUCGCUUUGGAAGAACUGGAAUGAUAUGUCCUCUGCUUCUGGUAAACGUGGUAUUAUCUUGGCUGCUGGCGACGGCCAAGUGGACCAAUGCAUCCGUCUUAUUGCUACGUUGAGAGCUCAAGGAAACGCUCUACCUAUUCAAAUUAUCCACAACAACCAAUUGAAUGAGAAAUCUGUGAAACUGUUAUCGGAGGCCGCUAAAUCUACCGAAUUCUCAUCCGGUAGAGCUCAAUCUCUUUGGUUAGUGAAUGUGGGCCCCACGUUGGAAUCUUCAAUGAAGAGCAAUUUUGGGAGAUUUAAGAAUAAGUGGUUGUCAGUUAUUUUCAACACUUUUGAAGAAUUUAUAUUCAUAGAUACAGAUGCCAUCUCCUACAUUAAUAUGGCUGAUUAUUUCAACUUCAAGGAGUACAAAUCUACUGGAACACUCUUCUUUAAGGAUAGGUCUUUGGCAAUUGGAACUGAACAGAAAUGUGGUCCUUUGUUCGAAACUCUUGAACCAAGAAUUCUUGAAAUGUACUAUUUCAAUACUUUACCUAUGAUCAAUGGUGAUUACGUGGAACAGCAAUGUAUGGGCAUGCUCACCCCAGAGGAAAAAGUUUACAAACGUUUCUUUGAAGUUGGUCAUCAACACAACUUGGAAAGUGGAUUAUUGGCCAUCAACAAAAACGAACACAUCAUGGGAUUGGUUACUGCAACAGUCUUAAAUAUCGCACCAAAGGUCGGAGGUUGCGGUUGGGGUGACAAAGAGUUUUUCUGGCUUGGUUUGUUGGUUGCUGGCCAACGCUACUCGAUCUAUGAUAUAGAUGCAAGUGCAAUUGGUGUUCCUCAACAGAAGCAAUCUAUCGCUAACGGAGACGAAUUUGAUGAAUAUAGGAUUUGUUCUUUACAAGUGGCACAUACUUCAUACGACGGACAUUUACUAUGGAUAAAUGGUGGCUCUCAGUACUGUAAGAAACCAGAGACUUUUGAAGGUGAUUGGACCAACAUUAAGGAGCUUCGUGAAUCGUAUUCUGAUGAUAAAGAAAAGGCUCUGAAGGCUUAUAGUGAUACAGUUAAGGUGGAAGCAGCAAUCGUGCCAGAUUCCAGAAGUAAUGGUUGGGGUAGAGACGAUCAAAGAUGUAAAGGCUACUUCUGGUGCGGCAAAUUUACUUCAAAGCUGAAACCGUAUACUUAUAACACGGUGGUAACUAAAGGUGAUUUGAUCCGUUUCGGAGACGAGGAAAUCGAAAGUAUCUCCAAGAUUAAUAAGAUCUGGAAUGAUGCUAUUAUUCCAGACGGAGCUUAA